GCCGCCGCGCCGCCAUCAUGGACACCAGCCGUGUGCAGCCCAUCAAGCUGGCCAGAGUCACCAAAGUGCUGGGCCGGACCGGCUCCCAGGGACAGUGCACGCAGGUGCGCGUGGAGUUCAUGGACGACACGAGCCGCUCCAUCAUCCGCAACGUGAAAGGCCCCGUGCGCGAGGGCGACGUGCUCACUCUGCUGGAGUCGGAGCGAGAAGCUCGGAGGCUGCGCUGAGGCCGCGGCCGGGUCUCGGAUGUCUGGCCGACCACUUGAUCAACGGGGAUGAGCUGCGACUAUUCAAUAAAGCGUUUAUAUUGUAUGUAAA